CAAGAACUUUCUUCUAGGCCACGCCCUACGCGGAUCUCGGAGUCCUGGCAACGGCGGCGCCUGCGGGCUGGGGCCCAGGCCUGGCGGCGGGAGAUGCCCGGGCGAACAGGGCCGGCGCCAUGCUUAAGGCCAAGAUCCUGUUCGUGGGGCCUUGUGAGAGCGGCAAAACUGUCCUGGCUAACUUCCUGACGGAGUCCUCUGACAUCACUGAGUAUAACCCAACGCAGGGUGUGAGGAUCCUGGAAUUUGAAAACCCCCAAGUAACUAGCAACAACAAAGGGACAGGGUGUGAGUUUGAGCUGUGGGACUGCGGAGGAGAUAGAAAGUUUGAAUCGUGCUGGCCCGCCCUCAUGAAGGAUUCUCAAGGGGUGGUGAUCAUCUUCAAUGCUGACAUCCCCAGCCACCUGAAGGAGAUUGAAAUGUGGCAUUCCUGCUUCGUGCAGCAGCAGCUGCUGCAGGACAAUCAGUGUCUCCUAAUUGCGCACCACAAGCCAGGCUCUGGAGUGGACAAGAGCAGCCUGUCUUUGGCCGCACCUCUAAACAAACUGAAACUGGUCCACUCCAACCUGGAGGAGGAGCCUGAGGAGAUCCGCGUGGAAUUCAUCAAGUACUUGAAAAGUAUCGUCAGUUCAGUGUCUGAGAGCAGAGAUCGGGAAGAGAUGUCAAUCAUCACCUAACCUGACCACCACUCCUUCUUCACAUGGGAAGACUUGCCGUCAUCUUGGGUGCGCCUGAAAGCCCCCUUCUGCCCACCCCAUGCCCAGGUUUGAAAUCUCUCUGAAGGCACCGAGAUCUGCCGAGAGGUUGGGCUUCCUCUGCUAGAAGUCGGUGACUGUCCGGAUACCGACUGUGAAUACCGACUAUGAAUACCGACCGUUGGUGAAUUUGUCCGUUUCUUAUAUUGUCAGAAACCUGUCAAGUCAGGCUUAGUUUUGUUUGUUUAAUUUUUGUUUCUUCUGAAAUGUUAUUGCUAUUGUUCAGCGAUCAAUCUGUCCCUCAGGAUGGUCGCUGUGGAUGUGUAAUAAUCAAAUGUGUUGUCUUCUCAAUAAUAA